UAAGGUACGAGGACGGCAAUGACAAUAACUUUGGAGCAAAGAUAUUGAACUGACAGCUCAGAUACAUGGCAAUUGAUAUAUGCGCAAUAGUGAUCUUUGGUCUUCAGCCGAGCGGAAAGGGACUUUGAAGAGCCAUCGUUUGGAAACGCACAAAAGGAUCUCAAAAAGUUUUUUUCUUUCUUUUUGCGAACUUUGAACUGGAUUGAUUCAGCUCUGCGGGCACAAAACCCUUCCGAGGUGCCAGUGAAAAAGGUUCUCGCAGAUUCCCUGCAGAGGAUUUUAGAAUUUGCAUUUUUCCAGCGAGUUUCCAGACGCGUAUUCGCAUGAAUCUACUCGAUCCGUACCUGAAGAUGACAGACGAACAGGAGAAGUGUCUCUCUGACGCCCCGAGUCCGAGUAUGUCCGUGGACUCCGCAGGCUCCCCGUGCCCAUCAGGAUCGAGUUCUGACACCGAAAACACUAGACCAUCCGAGAACCAUAUUCUGGGGCCGGAUGGGGUUCUUAGAGACUUUCCGAAAGAGGAGGAAGAGAAAUUCCCUGUCUGCAUCCGGGAGGCCGUUUCGCAGGUGUUGAAAGGCUACGACUGGACACUGGUGCCCAUGCCAGUUCGAGUGAAUGGCUCCAGCAAGUCCAAGCCUCACGUUAAGAGACCCAUGAACGCGUUUAUGGUGUGGGCACAAGCAGCGCGCAGGAAGCUAGCUGACCAGUACCCUCACCUCCACAACGCUGAGUUGAGCAAGACGCUGGGCAAACUUUGGAGGCUGCUCAACGAAGUAGAGAAACGCCCUUUUGUGGAGGAAGCUGAGCGACUGAGGGUCCAACACAAGAAGGAUCACCCCGACUACAAGUACCAGCCGCGUCGACGGAAGUCUGUGAAGAAUGGACAGAGCGAGUCGGAAGACGGCGAACAGACGCACAUCUCUCCGAAUGCCAUCUUCAAAGCGCUACAAGCCGACUCCCCCGCCUCCAGCAUAGGCGAAGUGCAUUCUCCCAGCGAUCACUCGGGCCAGUCUCAGGGUCCACCCACACCUCCCACCACCCCCAAGACCGACCAGCCCUCCUCUAAAGGUGAGCUCAAGCGGGAGAGCCGGCCCAUGAACGAGCCCAACGUCCGGCAGCUCAACAUCUUCCGGGACGUGGACAUCGGCGAGCUCAGCAGCGACAUCAUCCCCAACCUGGACUUCGACGUCGACGAGUUCAACCAGUACCUGCCGGCCCACAGCCAGCCGGGCAUGCAGGUGGCCGCCGACGGCUCCCAGAGCUACGGCUACGGUCCGUCAGGUGCCCAGGUGGUGUCGGGCAGCAGCAGCGGCGGUGGUGCCAGUGGGCCCAGCUGGCUGGCCAAACAGCAGCAGGCGGCGCAGCAGGGCCAGUCGAGCCACUCCCUCACCACGUUGUCCAGCGCGUCCGAGCAGCGCCCGGCCCAGAUCAAGACGGAGCAGAUGAGCCCCGGUCACUACAGCGACCAGCAGGGCUCCCCUCCCCAGGCGGUGGCCUACGGCUCCUUCAGCCUGCAGCACUACAGCGCCGCGGCCGCCGCCGCCGGCUACCCCUCCAUCGCCCGCGCCCAGUACGACUACUCCGACCACCAGGGCGGCGCCAGCUCCUACUACGGCCACUCGGCUGGCGCCGGGGGCCAGGGCUCCGGUCUCUACCCCGGCUUCAGCUACAUGAACCCCAGCCAGCGGCCGCUCUACACCCCCAUCGCCGACCCCAGCGGCGUGCCCUCCGUGCCCCAAACUCACAGCCCGCAACAGUGGGAACAGCAGCCUGUCUACACCCAGCUCUCCCGGCCCUGAGAGACAGACACAGAGGGAGAGAAAGAGAGAGAGAGAGAGAGAGAUAGAGAUAGAUAGAGAGAGAGAGAAUGAGAGAGCUCACCGCACAAAGCUGAACCUCAGCACUCACCUCAGCAAGAGACACUCUCACAGACAUGCCGAAAACAGAAAAAAAAACAAACAGACAAUUGAGAGAAAGCUAACAAGAAUAAGGUGUUCUGAAAAAUAAGUACGGAACACAACAAAAUGGCUCCCAAUUGUGCCUUCUUUAAUGAGCGGAGUUGUUGUUAUAUUUUUCUAGAUAUAAUGAAAAGAAACUCAUCUGACUUUGUUAUUUUUAAAAAGAGAAAUCCUCUGUGAGGAAAUAUUUCAUGAUAAAUAUUUAGUAUGUACUGUGUAUGUGUCAUGAUCUUAUAUAUUUUGUUUCAGCAGUUUGUUGUUUUUCUACGUUAACACAGAGGAAAAGCAGCCUUAAGUGGACUCUUUGGCCUUUCUUGUCACUUAGGUAAAGACUGGAGGAAACAAAGACUCCACCUGUCAACUCCAGCUGUAGUUUGGGACUUAUAGUGGGCCAGCAGGUCAUCAGUCUAUACAACUGUAUGUUCUGGAAUUGGGUUGUACAAUCUUGAAGCAUUCCUUGCAUCUUACAAUGUCAUUUUAAAAGUGUGCUUAGACGAGGAACUCAAUGUUUAUUAUUUAAAUGUAAUUUCCCAAUAUUUGGUUUUGGGGUCCUUAUGGAGGUACAUUCUUAUGCCAGCACACACACACACAUGUGCUUUGUCUCUGUGUAUAUAUUUGAUUAAGACUUCUAGAGCGAUGUGCUGUGACGGAGCAGCAGACAGUAAGAUAUGGCUCUACUUCUAGUGCCAGUGCAGCAGCAUAGCAGCCACACCAGCCUAAUCAGCGUGCCAUUGUGCCAUGUAGUUUUGCCCACGCUCCACUUUUCUCUGCAUUUUUGGAGAGAGACGAGAGCAUUGCCUUGAUGCCACGUGUGCCUGCUCAGCCGACAUGCGCACACACACACAUACACCCGCCCACACACACACACACACACACACACACACAAACACACACCUAUACACAUGUGCAUACAAUCCAGAGCCUCAAGUGUGUGCACACCCCAAACCCGCCUCUCACUUCCUGUCUUAAGGAGCCACAGGAAGUGACCCUUGACCCCUCUGUUAGGCUCAGUGGAGUUCCUUACUUCCUUACUGCCAGUCUUAACAUCUUUAAUUUAUUCAUUAGUAUUAAUUUUAUUUGAAAAAAAACUAUUUUGCCUUCCUAUCUUUUAAUUCUUCUCCGUAUAACUAACCAAGAUGUAAAACAAGUUUGCAGCAGUUUUUUCUGUUAAGUUGUGGUACGAACUUUGAAAAACAUCUCCAUUAUUUAUCAUUUGUAAAUGGUUCCAUUUAAAUAUUUUCUAAUUGAUUAUCUAGCUGUGUACAGAUUACUUCUAAUUGUUAUAAAAACUUGAUCAAAAGAGAGACAGAAAACUGGAAGUUGUUCUUUUCAUUCUAAGCAGAGUUAAAGGCUGUUGAACAUUUGAAAUGGUUAUAUUCUUUGUAAUAUCACCUGAAUGCUUUUAUUCGUAUAUUUUUUCAAAGAGUGUUGUUCCUUUCCUUAUUCCAUAUUCUAGAUUUCAUGUUGACAUCUUUUAACCCAGCUGAGUCUUUGUUUCCUAGGUACGAACAUACCAGUGUCUUAAAGAAGCUUAUCUUUUGUAUUAUAUUGUUUGCAAUAAAAAGAAAAGAUAUAAAAAAUAA